ACUAGUCAUUCCUUGUGGGAAAGGAACCUAUCUUAUUGUCUUUUAAGAUCCCCAGGACUGCAGGGCACAGAGAUGAAUUCGACAUUUUCUGUCUUAUUUCCAGAAUUCACCCAUGAUGGAAACAAUACAUAUGCAACCUUCGCAAUACAGGAAACUGGCAGGAUGCACCCUCUUCAUCACAGGCGCAAGUCGAGGCAUUGGCAAAGCCAUUGCUUUGAAAGCUGCUAAGGAUGGUGCAAACAUUGUGAUAGCUGCCAAGACAGCCGAGCCCCAUCCUACUCUUCCAGGGACUAUCUACACCGCUGCAGAAGAAAUUGAAGCGGCUGGAGGAAAGGCUUUGCCCUGCGUUGUUAAUGUGAGGGAAGAAGAGCAAAUUAUUAGUGCCGUGGAGAAAGCUGUGAAGACUUUUGGAGGGAUUGACAUUUUGGUGAACAAUGCAAGCGCCAUCUCUUUGACUGGCACUUUGGAAACAGCAACGAAGAAGGUCAAUCUUAUGAUGGAUGUCAAUGUACGAGGAACCUACCUUACAUCUAAAGCAUGCCUUCCCCACUUGAGGAAGAGUAAGAACCCCCAUAUCCUGAACCUUAGCCCACCUAUGAAUCUGAAUCCCAUAUGGUUCAAAAAUCAUUGUGCUUAUACCAUUUCUAAAUAUGGGAUGUCCAUGUGUGUCUUGGGAAUGGCAGAAGAAUUUAGAGGAGAAGUUGCUGUCAAUGCUUUAUGGCCUAAAACAGCUAUACAUACAGCUGCUAUGGAUAUGCUGGGAGGAGCUGGAAUAGAAAAACAGUGCAGGAAAACAGAUAUCCUGGCAGAUGCUGCAUACUGCAUUUUAACAAAACCAAAAAGUUUCACUGGAAAUUUCAUUAUUGAUGAAGUUCUGCUGCGAGAAGAGGGAGUUAAGGAUUUUGAUGUCUAUGCAAUUGCACCAGGUCACCCUCUGAUACCUGACUUCUUCUUGGAUGUUGAGAUUGACACUACAGCUGUGAAACAAAAAGGAUAUGGUGCUGCCCAAGCAUUGAAAGAGGAGAAGACAGAAUCUGCUCCAGCCAAGCCAUCCGGGCCUGUUGCAGAAACAUUCAGAGUUAUUCAGGGGGCCAUGACGGAAGAGAAUGUGAGAAGUACUCAGGGCGUCUUUCAGUUUGAAUUAUCUGGUGACGGUGGAGGCACGUGGUAUAUCGACCUGAAGAACAAGGGUGGGAGCACUGGCUUUGGGAAGCCUCCUGGGACAGCUGACGUGGUUAUGAGCAUGUCGAGUGCUGACUUUGUGAAAAUGUUCACAGGUAAACUAAAGCCAACUAUGGCCUUCAUGUCAGGAAAAUUAAGGAUUAAAGGAAAUAUGGCACUAGCAAUGAAGCUCGAGAAGUUGCUUACACAGCUUAACUCUAAACUGUAAGGGGAAACCCUUGCUAGAAGAACAGUGGCCUUUCAUAUAUAACUGCAAUACUGUUUUAAAUUUGUAGACCUCAUUUUUCUCUGAUGCAAUAUAAGAAAUACGGAUAAAAUGUGAGGUUUUUGUAGGAGAGGUAACUCCAUCUGAUUAAGGGAAGAAAGUGUUUGUGAUUAAACUAAUUGCUUCUCAAGAAUACACUUA